GUGCGCCAGAGAUGCUGGAGGAGCAUUUGGAGCUGAACAGCCCAGUGACCUCGCACGUGAGGCUCAAAGAAGGCCUUUUCUACCUCAGCAACGGCAUCUCGCCCUAUGCGGGCGACACCUGCCAUCAGCCUCCCCUGGUGCUGCUCUUCUUGCAGCAGCUGGACCAGGUGGGGCCAUUGGCGCACUUCAGCUUCUUGGUGCUGGUGGACCUGGCCACGGCCCUGCUGCUGCGUCAGCUGGCGGUGAAGUACCGCAGCGCCUUCCAGGCGGCGCCGGGCUGGGCGGCGGCGUCCAUCCCUUUGGUGGCCAGUCAAGAGAAGGUCCCAUCGCUUCUGGUGGCGGAGGGAAUCGAGGACGUGCUGAGCCCCGCCUUUGUGGGCCUCUUCUACUUGCUGAACCCACUGACGGUUGCCAGCUGCGCUGCGCUGUCGCUACAGAACCUGCAGCACCUGGCCUUCUUGACGGCCGCUGCGUCUGCCGCGGCAGGCAAGGGCGGCCUGUCGGCCCUGGGGGUGGCGCUGUCCCUGUAUGUGUGUCCCUUCACCUCAGUGCUGCUACUUCUUCCCUGUGCUGCCCUGACCUACCAGGCGCACAGACAGAAGGAGGAGGCCGUGCGCGAGCACGGGAAGUACGUGCCCUCGGCACAGGACAAAUCGGUGAACUGCGGCUUUUUAGCCUAUUCCGCGCUCUUCUGCCUGGUAAGCCUGGGCCUCUUCGCCUGCCUCCUGGGCAUCUCCUGCGCCGCCAUGGGCGGCGAGCUGCAGUUCCUGGAGGCCUCGUUCCUCUCUGUGCUGAGCGUCCGGGAUCUGACGCCGAACACCGGGCUCUUCUGGUACAUGUUCAUCGAGGCCGUCCGGGGAUCAAAGGCACCCGCCUUUCUGGGGGGGGUGGGGGACAUGUAG